UAGAGACCUGGAGGUCUGUAUAGACAGGCAGUGAAUAAGAAGUCAUGCGGUUAGGUUUAGAACCAAUGAGAAGGCAGAACAGAAAAUCAAUAUAAAGACAGACACACAGGAAGUAGGUCUCUUUUUGAGGGGAAGGAUGACCGGGACAGCGAGGGGUAAGAAGGCAGUCUUGGUCUUAGCUCUUGGCUGCUGCUCUGACCUCUUGGGCUUUUAACUCUGCAUUUGACUCUGUGUUUCUUAUUUAAGAAGACCAUUCAGAAUUACAUCUACAUAUGUGUGCUAUCCACACAUUACCUUUGGAAGUUGAGUCCCUAGGACUGGAGUGACAAAUGGUUGUAACCACCAUGUGGAUUUUGGGAACCAGACCUGGGUCCUAUGAAGAAUAGCAAAAGCUCUUGACUACUGACCCAUCUCUCCAGGUUUCUGCAGAGAAUUUUAUAGAAAAAUGGUAAACAUUAAAGUAUAGCUUUGUGUACCACAUAUUCUUAAUGAACUUUCUAUGAAAUGUUGUGUUUUAAUUGUAGCUGAAGUUUGGAAAAUGUGUUCUCAAGCCAUGAUCAUAUUUUUAAAACUCAGAUGAAACAUUGCUAAUUAUGGUCAUAUUUGCUAAGUCAACAUUAACUGUUUUCUUUUAUACCAAAUCUUCUGUUUUAUCUCAAGGUUCCCUAGCAAAUUUUUCAGAUGCAGAUGUAGAAAAGACUGUGGUGAGACCUGGCUACAGUAGCUUCCUGAUCACAGAAGUUAGAGAUCUAAAGAAUGUUUUAUCCCUGGCUACUAUGCCUCAUAAAAUAAAAUCACCUUUGAACUUCCCAGAAAAUUCUUGGUUCUUAUACAGCUUUGGCUCAACAAAAGGACGGAAUUGGACCAUAAGUUUAAAACCAUGUAAUUAUUGGGUUCAACAAGAUGAACAUGAUAUUAUAUCCCUCAAUGUUGUGAAAUAUCUUGAUGUGGGAAACAAAGCAAAUUAUGGACUUAAGUUGAUCCCUAAUACAAGAGGUAUGAAACUACUUCAAGUCCCACCAGUCAUUGUGAUUGUUGGAAACCCAGCCUUACUGGAAGUUAAGACGGAAGGCUAUUAUGAUGUCACUGAUAGUUACAAUUUGAAUACUCAUGUAGCUAGCAAAUUUUUCCAUAAAGGUUCCACUUCACUAUCAAUGAUUAUAUGGGAAGCCUCAACUUCAUGCUCUGUAACUACAGUGUUGCCCAUCAUGAAGAGCAGUUGCAGCUACCUCAAGACUCUACAACACAUUCCUGGCAGACAAAUACCACGUGAAGACUGGAUUAGUGGAGUUCACAAGGACAGUCAGGGUUUCAAUAUGAUCAAAACUCUGCCGAUAAACUACAGACCUCCAUCCAAUAUGGGAAUUUCUAUUCCUCUCACAGAUAAUAUUUAUCAUGCAGACCCUAGCAAACCCAGACCAAGAAGUCUAUUUCACAAGUCAAAGGUAACAGGCCAACUCAAGCAGUGUAAUAAUGUUCCCAGUCGGGAAAUGUGCAACUGCACAGAACAUCAAAAGUUUUCACAUGCUGUUGCUUUCUCAGACUGCAAAGAAAAGGAGAUUUUAAAGGACUACAAGGAGUAA